AUGUCGCCUUCAGAGCUGACGGCUCUCUACGAACGAUCGUAUGCCUUCAUCACAUCCGGCACGGCAGCGCGGAAGCUUGAAACGGGAGAACUGUACUCGGUGUUUGAGCUGCAUUUCUAUCUGGCUCUCCUGACAUCUCACGAUGUCGAGGCCGCAGCGAUAUUGACGACACUUUCAGAUCGCUUUGGAAGCGGUUCUCCUCGCGUGGCUGUCCUGGAAGCGUUAAACAUUGAGGCGACGGAGACUUUGGCGAAAGCGCUGGAGUUUAUUGAUAAGCGACCAGAGACUGAGAUUGGAGCGUGGAAACGUCGGAUUGCGAUUUUGAAAACCACGGCGGGUAGUGCGCCUGCGACGAUGAAGACUCAAUACGUUACAGAGCUGGUGAAGUUGGUGGACCAUGUGCCGUCCGAUGCCGAGGCGUGGUCAGAACUCGCGCAUGCAUACAUUGAUGCCGGAUUGUACUCACAGGCGCUGUUUGCGCUACAUGAGGUUCUCUUGUUGGUUCCGUUGGCCUACAAUAUCAAUGCAUUGGUAGGGGAGAUAGGGUUGAAGUUCUCGUCAGUGCUGCAAUCUCAGGGGUCGACUGCGCUUGCUGAGGAUAAGCUGGUCGAGGCAGUGAAGUUUUUCUUGAGAUCUGUUGAGUUGUGUGAGGACUAUGUUCGUGGGUGGACUGGUGUGUUGGUGGGAUCCACGCGAAUUCUUCAGCAGAGCAAACCGACGGCGGAUGUUAAGCUAUACCAAUUGGUUCAGGAGAUGGCUCGGAAACAGCUGCAGAAGAUUGUGGAUACGAAGGAUGCUCGGGCGGAGGAUCUGGCGGCGGCCGAGAUGGUGCUGAAAAAUUAUAAAUAA